GUAAAUAUCUAUCAGGAUUGCGCCGAUCAAUGUCUCGUAAAAAUCUAUCGAAUCAGAGCAUAUACCGGAACAGCGGUAUAAAGAAUUAGAGGCCACUUCAGUUUAUCGCGAUUCAUAGACUUUUUAUAAGACGUACGACAAUUCUGAUGACGUCAAAGAAAUGGUGUAUUGUCAACUACGUCACAAUUUGUUGUCCGGGUGUCUAGUUGGGUUUCAGUGGUUGGACACUGUUCGCUGACAGAAAGAAUGUAUGAAUCCAGCGGAGGAUAAAAAGGUGGAGAAUAUGUCGGACGAGUUUCGCCUGGUGGUUGAAUGUCAAAACCCGAGACAGCUCCAAUUGCUGUUUACGAACGGGAAGAACAUCGAAGCCAGGAACAGCCGACACGAAACACCACUGAUGGCAGCCAUAGCCAGCGUUGAUUCCCAGCUAGUUACUUCUAUCGUAGAGACUCUAAUCAGUCUCGGAGCUGACACUAAUGUCAGGAACGCACUACGCCAGACCCCUUUUAUGUACACGUGUAUUAUGGAUUAUCCGGAAGUGGCGUUUCUCCUAUUACAGAAGGAAGGAACCGAUAUUAAUGCUCAGGACAACAAGGGUAUGACGGGCCUCAUGUUCGCGUGUCAACUCAAUCACGUCAACAUGGUGGAAUUAAUUCUGAAGUUACACGCUUCCGGUCAGCAAAACGUGGACCUAUCAUUGAGAAAUCUGUUUGGCCGAAACGCAUUGGAAGAGGCCAUUGAUAAACGGAGUGCAGGGGCGAUAGCACUGUUGUCACGUCUCAAGAAAAACGAAUUACGGAAGCAGUAUUCGGAUUACGGAAGUAACACAAAGCGAAAGAUCCGGAAGUCAGAUGAUACUCGAGCCUUUUCUCCUACGUCCGCAUUCGAUAGCUUCCGAACGGACAUCGGGAAAUCUGUGAGUUGUGAUUCUCUGACUACGUCUGUCGAUGUUAAUGCAUUACAUCACUAUAAGCGUGAGCUAGCUGACGAAUUUGUCAAAUUAUCCGAUAAACCAAAUCGCGAGGAAGCUGACAGGACGCCUAUCCCCAAUGGAAGUGGUGUAAAUCAGUCAAAGGCGAGUUCCUCGCGAGACGACGGUCCGGAGAAACAAGGGUGAUGUCGGAGACUUGGUCCUGGCUGUCCGUCAGUGUGCGGCGGACAUCAGACAGAUUUGCAAGGAUUACGAUAUAGACUACACCAAAGAAGGAGAUCAGUCACGUCUACCGGUAGUCUCAAAUGAACCAAGUAAUCUCCGUGGUCAAACGGACGAAGGACAGACGGAAAGCCGUACGGAGGACAAACAGGGAAAACGUUCGAGCAGGUCAUCCGGGUCUGUAGCUCAUGGCGGCGCGGUAGAUUUAUUGUCACGGAGACAUAAAAAGAACGCCAACAAACGGAAGGAACGUCAUCAGGACCUCGCGCAGCUCGUGAACACUUUGGUUAUGUCUAAUGUUAAAGGUCGCAGGGACUUUCGAGAGGUACGGGACAGUAAGACUUGCUAUGGGGAUCACGAGAGACCGUCGCCACACACAACGUUAGAUUCAAGGGAAUCACGAUCCGUUCGACAGUCGGAAGUCAUGAUGGGAAACCUGAUGUCGGUCACUAAACUUUCUACAACGCCACAUUCCAGUAACGCGCACUCGCUCUCGCGUGCUUCCGAAAACAGCUCACGAGUCACGCACAGCACUCACUCUAUAUCACCUGACCAGAAACGGUUGUGUGAACGGAAGACUGUUGACAAGGUGAUUAUAACGCCGUCCCGCGAGGGUGGGAUGGCGGGAGGAGUCACCCUUCAAGUCCCCAUAGAACAACAGGCCUUAAACAAUACAGGAUACUUCCGUCAAGGAAAACCUAAGAAAAGUAAGAAACAUCGAAAGAAGAAAGAAAAAUCACCACCAAAAGAAAAUGGUGUUAAGAAUGAGGUAGCAGGUGAAAACAAACGUGUACCUGUCGGACUCGAAUCUGAUCUGAAAGCUCUGGAACCAUUAAAAUGGCGAUCAUUUCGAGAUCCAUUGCCAAGCAUUCCGUGCUCUUCAAAUAUGAAAACUCAUAGCGGUGUGUGUUUGCCGCCAUUACGGGAAAGUCUCCGCCACACUGGAUCGGCUCGACCUGUAAAACUACAGAGCCUCGAUCGGGAUCUCUGGCGUAUCAUAGAGGCAUCGAACCUCUCCAAGGUCAAAUCCCAAAAAUAAAGUAUCUGUGAUAAUGAA